AUGGGGUCAAAGAGAAAGAGGGAAGUGUCUGGGAUAAAGCCCAAGUCUAAGAAACAAAAAAAGAAGCAAUUAAAAACGCUACAGAACAGUUUAACCCCUGGGCACAACAAGUUUGAAAAAUUGGCAAACCUCAAUGGUAAUCAUGAUGGGGAUGAGGAAGACUCUGACUCGAGUGUUAUAUUUGAUUUUCUGAGAGAAGGAUCGAAAGAAAGCGAAAUAGUACUUGUAGAUAGUGACGAGGAAGAGGAGGGAAAGAGCGAUAUAGUGGUGAUAUCUGAUACAGAUAACAAAGAAAACACAGAUGCAAGCACUGAACCUCCCCAAAAGAAAAGAAAAGUUGAAGGAAAUGAAUUGACAAACAAUGAAGAUUUCAUAGGGUUUGGUUUCCUGUCUUCUUCAGACGAGGCAGAAGACAAUUUUGACGACCUUUCUGACGAUGGAGUACUAAGCGCCGACGAGCAAGGCAUAAUUAUAGACGGUCCUAAAAAAUCCCUAUACCCUUGGAUCAAAGACCACGAUCACUCUACCCAGAAGGAGAUUGCCGAUUGGCUAACUAUGGAAAUCAAAGACUUUGUGGAUUACGUGUCACCUUCCAGUGAUGAAAUCGUAACUAGAAACACCGUGGUUAAUAGACUCAAGACACAAAUUGCGAAAUUUUGGCCUGGCACCGAAGCACAUGUGUUUGGAUCCUGUGCCACUGACUUAUACUUACCUGGUUCUGAUAUAGAUAUGGUUGUUAUUUCAGAAACCGGUGAUUAUGAGAACAGGUCGAGAUUAUACCAACUUUCGUCGUUUUUAAGAAGUAAGAAAUUGGCCAAGAACGUGGAAGUCAUCGCCAAUGCCAAGGUCCCAAUUAUCAAAUUUGUGGACCCAGAAUCUGAGAUUCAUAUAGAUGUUUCGUUUGAAAGAACAAAUGGUAUAGAUGCUGCCAAAAGAAUCCGUAAAUGGCUAAUAACAACACCAGGUUUACGGGAAUUGGUGCUUAUAGUAAAACAAUUCCUUAGAUCAAGAAGAUUGAAUAAUGUUCAUGUGGGUGGUUUGGGUGGAUAUGCCACUAUUAUUAUGUGUUACCACUUUUUAAGAUUGCACCCAAAAGUAUCCACAGGAUCAAUUGAUAUAUUGGACAAUUUGGGAGUGUUAUUGAUUGAAUUCUUUGAAUUAUACGGACGGAAUUUCUCAUAUGAUAACUUGAUAAUAUCGUUAGAUCCAAACACAGAAGAACCACGUUACUUGACUAAAGGAACCAAUGCAGUUCUCAACACUGCCAGAAGUACCUUCUCCAUUGUUAUUCAAGACCCAGCAGAUCCAAGAAACAACAUUACAAGAUCCUCGUAUAACCUACGAGAUUUAAAGAAGGCAUUUGGAGGAGCUUAUCAACUUCUUGUUGAAAAGUGUUACGAGUUGAAUGGAGCUUCUUAUAAGGACAGAUUGGGCCAGCUGAUCUUGGGAGAUAUUAUCCGAUUUAAAGGUAAAGAAAGAGACUUUAAUGAUGAUAGACAUAAAGUUGUUAAUACUGCAUUAGUUAACCACGAAAGUGAGGAGGAAGACGAAGAAAGCGAUGGUUUAGAAGGAAACGACAAAUACUAUUUUUCCGAUAUGACUGUUGAAAGUGAUACUGAUUUGGAUGCAAAAUAUAUUCCCAAAGAACCUACUCCAGUAACCAACAAAGCCAAGGAUACUAAGAAGCUUGUUGAGUCGUUUUUAAGUCUUGAAGACACCGAGAACGACGACAAGUAUGAACCAAAAGAGCCAGAAGAGGAUGAUGCCGUUGAGAUCAAGCGGUCAAAAUCUAAUCUUGAUAAGGAAAUUAGAAGAGACUAUUGGAGACAAAAGGGUCUUGAUAUGUAG